GAGAGUGAGUGAAGGAGUGAGUGACUGAGGUGGGAGGGUGAUCUAAUGCCGCGUACGCACACCGAGUCGCGUCGGAGUUGUCGUUGUGAGGUCACCGCUCUACCGCUCGCCAUCCCACUUUCGCUGCAGAAGCUGAGGCAGCAAAAUAUACACCACAACUACUACCAACUCAGAACCACUACCACCACCUCACCACAACAAUCACCAUGCAGAUGCACCUCAGAUUGAACCCCAAGUGAGUAGAUGCUCACAGUGUCGAUGCAAUUGGAAACUCAACUUCACGCACUCCCAAAUCAACGCAGAAACUGUGCCACACGGCGCACUCCCUCUCUCUCGAGCUUCUCCCCCCACCCACUCCACACGUCGUGAGGUCUCGGCGUGGGAUUCGAGCUCUAGGUCUUCGUUGCCUGCCGUUCUACCCCUGUGGAUGGGAGUGCUCCGCUGCUGGGUGCUACCGUGAGGGUUUGCGGGUUGACAGUGAGAGCGGCAAUUCGAUGGUUUGAAUCGUGAGACUUGGAGGAUGGUGUAAGAUGGGAUCCGCAUCAGUUGAUCUCCCCUGCUUUUCGACGAGUAUCGAUAAUUCGUUAUCUGUUCCGUACGUUGGGUUGCGUUGCCGGUCGGGCCACGUUACGGUGAAGGGCGGGGGUAUUCGGCAUUCUUAAGUGCCCUGUUGAUUGGUGCAUGGUAAGCCGGCACACGACAUCGCCGUGGUCAGAGUUUGUCGGGAAGUGUGUGCUGGGUCGUUGAGGAUCUGAAGUCGUGGAGCUGGAGGCGUGGGGUGGGUAAUAUUGUGAGCGGAAGGUGCGAGGAGCUGGCGCGGAAUCGUGGGGUGAAAUCGUCGGUGGCGCAGCAUUUCAAGACGGGUGGGUCGACGCAAGCCUGCCCCCGCCCUUAGACAGGAGGGGUGGCAUUUUGGACUUCCAUGGCCGGUCGGUGUGAAGAGGUGGAUCUUGAAGCCCAGAGCAGUGACACAUCGCCGUUGCUAAUGGAUCAACUACCCGGUAGUGGAUCAACCACGCCUGCUGAACAUGUGGUUACAAUCCAACCUGUUACUUCCAGCGUUCCUACAAGCUCGUCACACGUUUCAUUUUCGCCAGCGGAGGCGCAACAAGAAAGUCCAAGCUUGGGUAUGUCGAGAAGUCUGUCGGCCAACUCAUUCAGAGGGUUGCCGUCAUUUGCGUCAACCACGUCCAAUUCUUCUUUGAGAUCAGGAAAUACGAGUAGUCAUAGCGCGCGACAGCGACCGAGUCCUUUGAAUUCGGGACUUUGGGUAAGCAUCGAACUGACGAUCACGAUCAGUCAAAUUAUUGCAUCCAUCAUCGUGCUGGUGCUGUCGAGAAAUGAGCAUCCACAAGCCCCUCUACACGUGUGGGUCGCCGGAUACGCAGCUGGUUGCCUGGCAACCCUGCCCCUCCUGUAUUGGCGGUACACACAUCAGUACAUGAGAACGAGAGAGCCGGCAUCGACGAGCGCGUCUGAGCCGAAUCCAUCCAGCGGAGGUGUGGGUGGCAGUUCGUACGUGACAUUAACACCAGGUUCACGGGACGACAUGGCACAUGGAAGCAGGCAAAGGAGUGGUGUCGGACAAGUGUCAAGUAGCAGCGGGGAGAGGACUGGGAUUUAUGUUGAGAGGUUCAAGAUUGCGUUGGAUUGUUUUUUUGCGAUUUGGUUCGUGGUUGGCAACGUUUGGAUAUUUGGUGGACAUUCGGCAGCACACGACGCUCCAAAUUUGUACAGGUUAUGCAUCGUGUUGCUUACGUUCAGCUGCAUCGGAUAUGCGAUGCCUUUUAUUCUUUGCGCCACUAUUUGCUGCUGCUUGCCGUGCAUAAUUGCACUGUUGGGUUUUCGGGAGGACCAGAACCAGCCCCGAGGAGCCUCGCAAGAGGCGAUUGCUGCCCUGCCGACGUACAAGUUCAAAGCGAAGGCUUCGAACGAGUCAAAAUUAAAUAAGGAUGGCAAUGAUUCGGAUAGUGAGGGAGCAGGCGAGGGAGGGUGGGUGGCAGCUGGGACAGAGAAGGAAAGAUGGGUGUCCGCCGACGAUGCUGUGUGUUGCAUCUGCCUGGGCAAGUACAAGGACGGUGUGGAGUUGAGGGAGCUGGUGUGCACACAUCAUUUUCACGUGGAAUGUGUUGAUAAAUGGCUCAAGAUCAAUGCGUCUUGUCCGCUGUGCAAGUACGACAUUGGGGGUUCAGCGGAAGCAGGGGAUGCCACGUCGGUGGAGGCUGGCGGCGAUGGCAGAGAUCGGGCGGAAGGUCUGAACAAUGCAGCGGUGUCGUCAAGUUGACGUAGAGAGGGGGCGGGGUUGAAGGCAGAGUGAUGGUAGAUGAAGGCAAUAUCUGCAGCUAGCCGUUACCCAAAUGAGGAUGAGUGGAAUUUGGAGAAAGCAGCUAUUGCGUAGAUAGUGGUGCCAUGUUAUUCAGACAUCCUGUAAUUUCCGGCUUUAGGGAAGUUUUUCUGCCUGUGCCGGCUGGUCGAUGUACAUAUACCUGUAGUUGAGUGCGUGGGAGAGAGGGCGGGGGGGGGGGGGGUCCGUGUCAUGUGGUGGAAGCCUGGAAUUGACGGUUUUCCAUGUUCGGGGAGCUGGAGCAGGUCGCGGUCUCAUAUUGUGGAGAUCUGGGACAUGCCAGCUGAACGAUGUUCGCGAGAGCUUUGAGAGCUGAGUAGGUGAUUUAAAGAUGGAUUCAGUGUGUAUCGCGCGUUCGGAGCCCCAGAAGCUUCGGAUAGUGCCGUGUUUAUGUGAACGAGCUUGUGGAGCGAUGUAGCUUCUGAACCAAUGAUUGGUGGACGUAGCUGUGGAGCUGUGAGGAGGCAUGAGAAUGUGGAGGCAAGGGUUGUGCAAUUGAAGCCGGGCAUGUCGUAAAUUUCGAGUAGCUUGGUAGAGUUGUUCCGACGGGAGCAGAUGGCCAAGACUGCCCUGUCAGUCUCUUCACUGAAAGUCUGAAAGGGGCGAUUGGCGAUCGAUGAACAGUUGCAGUUAGCAGUCACAGUGGCAUCAUACGUACUGUUACGAGAAGGACUGUAACGGUAAGAAAUGUGCGAGGCGCAUGUAUUAGGUAGUUAUUGUAGAUGCCAAACGUGGAGGCGAUCAGUUGAUUAGGAGGUGGAUCGAGCGAGAACUGUGUGUUCGUGGUAGGGUGGCGUUAGGUUAGAUGACGAGGACGUAGGAAGAAUUAUUGGCUGCUUUAAGAGGUAGGUGCUAUGCAAUACAUUUUCUGACUACGCAAGUGUAGGUAAAGAUGUGUACACGUUUCUAUCCGUACAUGCUUAGAUUUAUUUCUGA